AGAUUUCAUACCAGCACCGGACAGAAUUUGCAGUAUGGCUGGCUGGCCUAUAUGUUGGGAGACAGAGCUACAAAAAAGUUCACUGAAUACAGCAAAAUCUUUACAGUGGAGGGCAACUUAUCUUCUGGGAAGGGCAAGCUUGCACAACAAAUAGCAGAAAAACUAGGGAUGAAAUAUUUCCCAGAAGCAGACAUCCAUUACCUAGACAGGAUCACGGGAGAUGGAACGCUGCUGCAUGAGAAAUUUAAUGGUUUCUGUAACCUAGAGAGAUUUUACAAUGAUCCAAAAUGCACUGAUGGACACUCUUAUCGACUGCAGGCUUGGCUGUUUGGUAACCGUGUUUUGCAGUAUGCCAAUGCGUUGGAGCAUCUGCUGACCACAGGACAAGGUGUGGUGAUGGAGCGUUCUCCCUACAGUGACUUUGUGUUUCUGGAUGCAAUGUUUAAACAAGGCUAUAUCCACAAACGAUGUGUUGAUCACUACAAUGAGAUCAAAGAGAUCAGCAUUUCUGAAUUCCUGCCGCCUCACUUGGUCAUUUAUAUAGAUGUACCUGUCCCAGAGGUGCAGAAGAGGAUUCAAGAGAAAGGCGAGCCAUAUGAGAAAAAGGUGUCUCCUUCGUAUCUCCAGAACAUUGAGGAUGCUUACAAGAAAACCUUCUUACCAGAGAUCAGUGAGACCAGUGAAGUUCUGCAGUACAUGGCAACUGAGACAGAGGAUGUGGAGAAGGUAGUUGAAGACAUCGAGUACCUGAAGUUUGACAAGGGGCCAUGGCUGGAGCAGGAUGAUGUUUCUUUCCAUCAUUUGAGGCUUUAUGUUCAGGACAAAUCUGGAGUGCUGGAUCCUGUAGCCAUCCCUCGCUUCAUUCCAGAAAUCACAAUUGGAGGCAGUGAAUAUGAUAAAAUCUAUUACGAGUAUCGAUCGCUGCCUGGUCGUAAUUUUAGGCAAGGCUACAAUGCUGAUGUUGGUGACAAGUGGAUCUGGCUGAAAUGAAAUCUGCCUCCCCUUGGAGCCCUAACUGCGAUGGACCACAGAACUUGAGUGAAGAAGCUGAGUUCAGUGUGCCUGCUCUGCAUCAAUUGUGUAGCACAAAGAAAAUGCUGGUUAAAUCAUCUUCCAGCUACAGCAUGAGAGAACAGACUUCUAAAAAGGAAAUCACUUUAUUCUGGUUUGUUCUUCCCUGGAGAGUUCAGGGUGCUUUGUCUUUGGAUGUUGGAUGGUCAGUGUGUGAUAGCAGAGUGAUCUGAUAUUACAGGGGCAGACUUAAGAUCAAUGCUGAACUUUCUCUUCAUCAAGACUGUGGCAUGUUAUUAUACAGGACUAUUGUUGUUUUGCUGAAUCAAGAGAAAUUAAACCUGUAUCCUCCUG